CAAUCAGUCAACAAAUCAAAACAAAAUAACAUCGCAAGACAAAAAUAAAUAUUAUUGAAAAUUCCUGCAAAUAUAUAUUUUUUAAAGAGUUUUAUGUAUAAAUGUUCGUAUAAUAUAAUAAAAAAAUUGUUCUAUAGUAUAAGUCCUUCCGAUUAUAAAAUGGUUCGACAUUUUCCAAAUCCAUACGAGGAUUACAAGCCUGGUGCCGAUUUAGCUAUCAAAAAAGAAGAGAUCAUAAACCUUAUUAAUGAACACGUAAAUAAUAUUCGCAGACGUCUGCAACCUAUACGGACAAAUGUCGAUGGUGGACUGUACGUCGGGAUUACCGGAGUAUCUUUUAUGUUUUAUUAUCUGUCUAAAAAUUCUCUCUUGUCAGAGCUAAAACGUAAUUAUCUGGAGAAAAGUCUAGAGUAUAUAAAGCCAGCUUUAGAAGUAUCGGCUGGAGACAAAACAUCGUUUUUACUGGGUGAUGCUGGUACAUAUGCUUUGGCUACCGUAUUGUAUAAAGAAUUGGGAAAUGACCAAUAUUCAGAGAUGUUGGGAGCAUAUAAGUCUCUUUAUAGUUUAUAUUUGAAUCCAAAGUUUCUAAAAUGUGGUGGAGACGAAUUCUUUGUUGGCCGAGCCGGAUACUUGGCUGGGGCUCUGUGGUUAACCCGUGAAAUACAAACACAAGUCUUUAGUAAUGAAGAACUGUACAAAAUUUGUGAUAUAAUAGUGGCAUCAGGUAGGGAAUAUUCAACAAAACACAGGAGUCCUUCCCCUUUGAUGUACCAUUAUUAUAAAACUGAAUAUCUUGGUGCAGCCCAUGGUAUCAGUUUCAUCUUACAGAUGCUGUUGACUGUGCCUGGGUACUUGGAUUACAAUAACUCGGCAGCUAAAGAUAUUAGAGCUAGUGUUGACUUUAUAGCUUCAUUGCAGACCGAAGAGGGUAACUGGCCAUGCUGUAUGGAAGAGAUAGGACUAAGUGACUACAAAUUAAUUCAUUGGUGCCAUGGUGCGCCUGGCACUGUAUAUUUGAUGGCAAAGGCUUAUCUUGUUUAUAAAGAUGACCGCUUCUAUCAUGCUUGUGUCAAAGCAGGUGAUGUUGUGUGGCGAAAAGGAUUACUGCGCAAAGGUCCUGGCAUCUGCCAUGGAGUGGCUGGCAAUGGAUAUGUAUUCUUGUUGCUAUAUAGAAUAACAGGUGAUGAAAAAUACCUACAUAGAGCUAAACUAUUUGCUAAUUUUAUGAAUACAGAUGAGUUCUUGAGAGAUGCAAGGCAACCUGAUAAUCCUGAGAGCUUGUAUGAAGGCACAGCUGGUACUGUCUGUUUCCUGGCAGACCUCUUGAUUCCUGAAAAAGCAGAAUUUCCAUUCCAGGAUGUCUUCUCGAUCUAUUAAACUGUUUAGAUUUGUACUUUAUACAUGUUUUGUUAAUUAUUUAUUACAUAAUUUUGGUUAAAAUAGAUUUAAUGCUAAUAAUUGCUGUAAUUUUAUUGUCAA